GGAACGUCGACGGCACACAUCAACCGCCGAGCGUCGCAGCGCUUUCACAAUAGCUAUUGUCGCGUGCGUAAGGUUCUGCAACCGCUGCAGAGUUCUCCCAUAUCCGCCCUCUCACCUCCGAUACACGACCGUCCAACCGCGUGGGCACCACAUGCGACGUCACUCUCGAUCCCCACUUUGCGCACCCUGCACCCCGUACAGCAUCUUCUACCUACCUGUCGCGCAUACAGCAUAUGCCAGGCCUUAUUUCUCCCUCUAGCGCCAGCAGCGUAGGCGCAAUCGCAACCAUGAAGAGACCCCACGAUGGAGAGGGCCUAACACAUCAGGGCGCGCCGUUGAAGAAGCGCAAGGUUCUGCAUCAGUUGCAUCACACGCAACCUGUGCAGCACAUGAACGAUCCUAUCAGCGCAGAGUUUGGUUUCGGCGACAGCAAAGACUUCUAUGAUCAACAACUACGGCGCGCCAUAGCCAUACAAUGCAAGACAUUGGGUUUCGACAGCGCGCGAUCAGAUGCGCUGGAAGAGUUCAGAGGAUUGGUCGACUCAUACAUAACCAGGUUUCUGACAAAUGUGCGAAUGUCGAUGACCAGCGCGCGGCGUACCGAAACAGUAGCUCACGAUUGGAUAUACGCGCUGGCCAAUGCUGGCUUUCACGGCUCAGGAGCCCUCGAACAACAUUUCGACACGGGCGAGAUACCCCCAACAAUAUUACAGCCGCAGUUCGACCCACCUACCCCGCCAGAACCACAACCUAUCAGUACCGAUGCAUUACUUGGCCCUGAACUGUCCGGUAAAACGGAUAAAGAGGAACGAGCAUACAUACCAAAGCAUUUCCCACCAUUUCCAUCCAAGAACACCUACAAAGCCACACCAGUAUUCACUAACCGAGAGAAUGAUCCGCGUAAAAUUCGAGAGAAGGCGACAGAGGAGGGCAUACUGGCAGAACAGAGCUUACGGAAGCUCAUGGCAGCACAAAAGGCAGGCAUACAGAAGCAAACUGCCGGCAAACGGAAACGAAGUACACGCAUGAAAGAGAGCGACAGGCUGUGGCAAGAAGCAAUGACGGAUCUUCUGAAUGAAGAGAAAGAGCACGAGAAGAACGAGGCACGGCAACGCGCAAGGGAGGAGGAGGCAGAGAUAGAGGCGGCCGACGACAACUGGAAUGCACCCCUUGUUGAGAGACAACUACGGCAGCCCAUUGUGGACCGAAACGUCAAUCUGGAAGAAGGAGUGCACGUGAACUACGACCAACGGUUCUGGCGAAAGUCUGCGAGAGGC